AUGUCAGGGUCGAACUCUAUCAGCGUAGCUGUAAUAUGUUCUAGUAAUAUGAAUAGAAGCAUGGAAGCACAUGCUUUCUUGAGUAAAAAGGGCUUCAAUGUAAAAUCCUUUGGAACUGGAGAUAAGGUUAAGCUUCCUGGAAAUGCCCCUGAUCGUCCUAAUGUAUAUGACUUUGGAACUUCGUAUGAAGAAAUCUACAAUGAUCUUUUUUCGAAAGACAAGCAAUACUAUACUCAAAAUGGUUUAUUGCACAUGUUAGACAGAAACCGUAGAAUAAAACCUAAGCCAGAACGGUUUCAAUUAUCCAAGGACAAAUUUGAUAUUUUAAUCACUUGUGAAGAACGUGUGUAUGAUCAAGUAAUUGAAUGCAUGGAAUAUAAAACUCAAAGGGAUAAUCAGCCUGUGCAUUUGAUUAAUAUUGACAUUCAGGAUAAUCAUGAAGAAGCCACGGUUGGAUCGUUCCUCAUUUGUGAAUUAGUCACUGUGCUGGCCAAUAGCAAGGAUUUAGACAAUGAUAUAGAUGAAUUACUUCACGAAUUUGAAUCAAAGUUUGCAAGAACUAUCUUGCACACAGUGCUUUUCUAUUGAAGACUGUAAUGUAUCAAGAACCUGGUGUUCAUCAACGACUUAACUUAUAAAGCAGACUAAAUUAUAUACCAUAAAUAUACCACCACAUUCUCUGAGUCAGAUUAUGUGGAACGAAUUCCGCUAACAACAAAAAGGAAUUCGGUCCGUGCUUCCUGUUUAAUGAAUUACUGCUUUCUACGGGAUAUGUUUCAGAGAUCUGCCGUUACGUUCACACUACAUAUGUAAUUCAUGGCAAGA